UUGGUAUUACAAAAAUCCUAAUGAUAAUUACGUAAAAUUGAUUUUAUGUUUUUAUAAAGACAAAAUCGGUAAUGACAAAAAAACAACGUCUUGACAGUCACGCUAAUGCGAACUGUUCUUUAGAGAAACGUUUUUAAGUGGUGAGAUUAAUUUAUUGACAGUCUCACGACUCACUGUACAAAUACUCUCGGGAGCACUGUUCUCUCACUGUAUCAUCAAUACUGUUCUCUCGGGCGCGUUCUCGCGCUCAGAAUUCCAAGCUGCCGUUGAGCGCGGGCUCGAGAAGCCGCGGGAACGGCGCUGCCUGGUGGACGGAUUAGAAUAGAAUUCAGAACUCCUGUGCCGUUGUUGUCUGGCUAGGAAGCCGAAUCCACGUGACACUCUUAUGAAUGUUUUUGAGUUAUAUACCAAUGUCCCCGCCUGGACGUACGAGUGAAUUGCGUUGAUACAAAACGGAUUUAGUUUAUGACAGAUGAAUUUGGGAGACGCUACGAUCAGACCUCCUGUAGGGAGGAGAAUGAAGGCCAAGGCCCCCCCUCCACCUCUCCCUCCCCAGCCUGCCCCCCGCAAGAUCUUCCGUAAUGCUGUUCCUGAUGGAGGAGGAUCUUCAGGGGGAGACAGCAAGGAAAACAUGCUUCGACCCUCUAUAGAUCUCCAUAUCAGUCUGCCUUCAGGGUACCAGACCACUGUCAAUGUGGAUGGCAGAAAAGCUCUGAUGGAUUUGUUGGUGGAUCUAUGCAGUCAGUACCAUCUGAAUCCAGCAUAUCACACUUUGGAGCUGCUGUCACCUGAUGCUCAGCCCGUCAGUUUCAAGCCCAAUGCCCUGCUGGGCGCUCUGGAUGUCUCCUGCGCCCUGAUCAAAGAACGAGUGCUGGAGGACAAGGUGAUCCGAAAACCUCCACCCAAAGUGCCAGAGAAAACGGUGCGUUUGGUAGUGAACUAUCAUCACAGUCAGAAGGCCGUGGUUCGAGUAAAUCCAUUGGUCCCCCUGCAUACCCUGGUGCCUGUGAUCUGUCAGAAGUGCGAGUUUGACCCUACCCAUGUCCUGCUGUUCAGAGACAAUAUCAGCCACCAACAACUGGAACUGGACAAGUCCCUGAGCGAGUUGGGUAUCAGGGAACUCUAUGUCCUGGAUCAGAUGCUAGUUCUCCAGCCUAAAAUGGCUUCGACACCUGCCCUGAGCUACUCAGCUGAAUCUCUUCACUCCAACAGUCUGAGUGGAUCAGAUAAAAAGGGUCUGCUGGGCUUCCUCAAGUUUAAUCGCAGGAAAUCAAAGACUGAAGACCAGUCCUCUGAGGACAUGGACAGUCUUGAUGAUGAUAGUGUUGUUGACAAUGCAGACACUAACAUUAAUGGUAUAUCAGUGGUGGCAAGUGGCUCCUGUGUGGAGACCCGUCCCAGCACUCUUGGUCAGUCUCAGUCUGUGAUGAACAUCUCCAAGAUGUCCCCGAAAGUGGAAUUAAAGAAACGCAGAGCUCCAGCACCCCCAUCAGCUCCCACACAGACUUUACCACUAACAUCACAGAUAAGCCUCGGCUCUCCGUCCACACACAACCAGCUAAAGAAGCGGAAGGCUCCAGCACCUCCACCCACACCGCCCCCCAGUACACCCGAGCCAGUUAUUUCCACCUCUGUGCCUACUGCACAUGUGCUGGGCCCCUGCAUCCCGGUGCCAGUUGAAAGGACCCUGCUGCCAGCUCCCAGAGCCUCAACUCCAGCUAAUGACUCUGAUCUAAGCCAUAGUAUUGAGGAUUCAGAGCUGGCCAGGUCCAUCUGCAGUAGCUCCAGCGGUGAUGAUGCAGCUGCAGGAUCCAGCAGCAGCAGUCUUGCUGAAGAACCUAUCACACACCAGGCUCAUGUGAUAGCUGCAUACACCCUAUCUACACCAGAACCUCAAUUAGAACCUGAAAACAAGGAAGAAGCAGCUCCUCUCACUAUGCCAGAACAAGAACCAGGUCCAAGUUCAGAGGAUCCAACACCCGAAGACCCAGAGGUAGAGAUGGAGCUAAAAAUGGAAGAGAUGGAGAAUAACCGUAAUAGUGGAAUAGCCUGGCUGCAUUCAGCUCAUGAGUCUUUGUCAGAGAGGAUGGCAGAGCAGGAAGUGGAAACAGUGUCCAUGGCCAGCAGUGAGAGUUUUGCAGACCAGGGCUAUGCGGCAUCAGAGGGCAUGGCCGAAGAGUCUGGCCCAGUCUCUCCCUCUGAAAGGAUACAAUCUGUGUCACCUGUGGACAUCAUGUCUCUGAACAGUGGCUCUGCUAUGUCUGCAAAGCAGUCCAAAGAUUCUUCCAGUGACAGUGAUGAGGGCUGUGCGACCUGGGGUUCCAGAAAAAGUAGUGGAAAUAUUCAGCGAGGACAGCAGUCAAUCAAGAAACAAAAUGGAUAUGAAGAAGAUCCAGAGAUUACCGCACAGAUAGACCGGACUCUUGCUGAUCUAGAUGCAAAUCUGGCAGACAUUAAUCACUCAGGAGGAGCAUCUGUGUUUGAUGAAAUACCUGUGUCCAUUGUUGACGAGGACAUUCCAGUUACAACCAUUGAUGACAUUCCUGAUGAUGACCGGUUCAGCACGAGCGAGUGCGAGGCAGAAUUGUUGAGCAGCACGCAAAACAUCACCAGCCAAACGUGUACCCCAUGUGAAGCUACCAAAAACAAAAACAACAAUGCCUGCCUGACAGAGGAGAAACACAGAAGUUCAUCUCCAGAUAUAGAAAAGCAGUCAGAAGUGACUACACUCACAGUUAUUGAGAAAACCACAAGUGCAUCUCUAACCAACAAGAAGUUGUCACAAGACACUAAGCGCAUGGACAAUAUGGAACAGAAGGCAGUCUUCAGCUCAGAGACUAAGAGUAAAGCUGAAACUGAAGAACUAAAGAGUCAGAAAAACAUUGUAUCACAGAAGUUCCAAAGUUUUGUGCGUCCUGCUGUUCAGACCGUUCAAAAGGUCCCUGAUGAGAAACUCAAAUCUGCACCUAUGGUCCAGAGGUUCAGUACAGAGCCUGCUUAUGAGGAUAGGACAACUAUUACCAGAGUAUUGACAACUCAGGGUAAGAUCACCCAAAGUUCAGUCUCUCGCUUUGGAAUGAAAACCUUCACUGUCAUCCCUCCAAAACCGACUGUGUCCCAGACCAAGCCUACAGGCUCUUUAGUCCUAGGUGCCAUUAAGAUUGAUGAACAGGGCAACAUGGUUACAGGAAAACAGAUUUCCACUUGCCCAGCAAAAAACAGCAAUCCCGAUGUGGAUACUAGUACAGAAAAAUCCCCAUUGGACAAAGCCAAAGCCUUUUGGAGCACCACAGAGAAGCAAGACCAAUCAACUGCGACCAACCAAGGACCCAUUAUAAACAAUAGAGAUACUGAUGUGUUCAAACCCUUGAUUGUGUCUGGAGUCUCUAAACUUUCACUGGAAACACCUCCCGAGGAAACACACAAAGAGGUCAUUAUAUUGGAAAGGAAGCCCAUAUCUGUAGUGGCAAGUAAGCCUACAUUCCCAGAACCUGCAGAGAAUCACUCUUUCACAACUGAAAGGCGUGAUCUCUCUUUUCUUGUACCCUCCAGAAGAACCUCCAGCCAAUACGUUGCUUCUGCCAUUGCUAAAAACAAUAGCAUUCCCAAUACUAAAGUACAUAUCAUGCAGGCACCAUCAGAGUCCAUUGUUAGUGUCAAAAAACCUGUCAAUCAACUGUUAAAUAAUGAGGUUAGACCUACAAACAUACACAAACCUGCUACCACUUUCAAACCCACUGAAAAUUCUGUGCCUACUUUUGGACAUCUUAAAUGCCUGCAAAAUUACCCCAGUCAUGUUGCAGAAAAGCCGGCAAGUUCUGAGAGGAUAAGCAGUAUUGAAAAAGGCACUCUGCAUGGGGAAGACAGAAACAAAUCUCUGGAUUCACAUCCCUUAAAUAACAAAAUCCCACCCUCAACACAUGUGUCUGCUCACAUUAAACACAUGGAAUCUUCCUCUGAAGAAGCCACAUCAAUCAAUAAGUUCCCAGACACCUCCUCUGCUCAAAAGACGCCAAUAGACACCACACGUCCACUUACAAAGAAGCCAGAGUUAUACAAAUCUGAGAUUCCAGCUGAACCAAACCAGGGUAAAGUGUUUGGACCAGUUAAGAAGUUCAUGCCUGUUAUUUUUAAGCCUGUCCAAAAGGAAACUUCUAUCCAUAGCUCUCUAAUGGAGGCCAUUCAGUCUGGAGAGGGCAUUGAACGCCUCAGAAAGGUAUCUGACAUAUCUACCAGCUGCACAGUUAAGAAGCCAUCUUACAAUGAUGCAGAGAACGAGCGUUCUGCACUUCUUUCAGCAAUAAGAGCUCCAAGCAACUCUGCCAGACUGAAGAAGACCAAAUCAGGAGCAGCUAAGGAGUUGGAGCAGCUCAAGAAGGUUGAGGAGGAAAGAAAUGUCCAGAGAGAUGUUAUCUCACCUCCUCCUACUUCUCCUCUUGCUUUUGUGCCUCCCCCACCUCCAGCUUUCAGUCCUCCACCACCUCCCCCUUUAGCUCCAGCCAAGCCCCCUCUAGUGCUGCCUGCUGGAGGAAACCCAGAGGCGGCCCGAGAGGCUCUUCUGGAUGCCAUUCGCUCAGGCUCUGGGGCUCAACGACUGAGGAGGGUCCCUGUCACACAGACAAGACGGCAAGUAAAUGGGAGACUUGGAACCAUUCAGGCAACAUCAGCACUUUCUAAUGGACACUGAGCCUUCACUGGAUCACUGUUUGGGUUUCAGGAACCGCCAAAUCUGGUGUUUUAGCAUUUUCUGCAACGGCAUUAGCAUAAAUGUUAACACAAUCAUCACAGCCUUCUUUAUUUAUAGUGAUAUGCUGCUUCACAUCCGUGCCAAUACUAAUUUGCUUAGUUUCAGGGCAGAUUAUGUCCUGCUACUGACGUGUAAUAUUGACAUUUGAAGCUCUUUGUUAAUGCUGCUUGGAGUUUGAUUUUUUUUUUUUUUUUUUUUUUUUUUUCAUAUAUGUCUGCCUGACUUCUAUAUUUCUAUCAGCAUUAUACCUGAAUAUAUUAUACAGGUAUUUGCUGUUGCAUCAGUAUAAGUUGGUGGGCUGCAUCCACCUGCCAGUCACAACAGUCUUUGGCAAUAUGCUUAUUGAUUUAUCUUUUUUAAAGGAACACUAGAUGGUAAAAUGGAAAACACUGAGAGAUUUUUAUUUAAUUGUUAUUAUAAAACCGUUUCUUUAAAUGUUUUAUUGUUAUUUUCAAAAUAUGAAUUUUCAAAAAAAUAAUUUUCACUUCUACUAUUUCCAUUAGAAAAGUGGACUAUUGACAAUGGACCACUCUUUUUUAAGCAUUGUAGAUACACAUGCCGUAUAUUUGACCAAUACUAAUGCACUUUUUGUAAAACUGAUUAUUUUGAAAACACUUAUGGAUUAUUUUAAAAGCCUUAUAGAUACUGUAUGAUUGGACACCAAAUCAUACUGUAUGAUUUUCAUUGGACACCAAACUGCUGAACAACUGUAAUGUUGAGCUGUCAUGGUGCUUUAGCUCUAAUUUAUUUCUUUGGGAAAAGAAUGCACUACUAUAUUUAGAGUAAAUUGUUUAAUAUAUUUACACUUUUUCUUUUAAUGUUGUUCUUAUUUAGCAUUAUAUGACAGACCUAUAUGGUUGUAAUCUUAUUGAAUCAAUGACUUUGUUGAAGUUGGAAAUUUUGUUAAAAAAAAAAAAAAAAUAUACUAAAAUAGUACAUUACAAAUCUGACACUAAAGCAUAAGUGUAAUGAAAGAGAUUUUUAAAUAAUUCUUUUGUAAUGUUUUUUUUUUUUUUUUUUUUUUUUUUGAUUGCAGCACAAACUGAAUCAAACUUGUACAUCAAUAAACUAUUGAUUUAUGAA